AUGGAACUUCUUUCGUGGAAGCGGUACGACGACAAGUACGGGCUCUCGCAGGUCCUCACGGAGGCGGCGCGCUCUUGCGUCGAUGCCCACACGGCGCGGCCGGAGGAGUAUUUUGCCGCGUACUUCACAGAAAAGUGCUCCGGCGACGAGAUUCGCGACAUCGCCACGCACGCCGUGUAUCUCCCCAGCGGCUCACUUGUGCUGCGGCUGACGCUGCGGCUCCUGAACGGGAUGGGGGCGGAGUCCGCGGCGUUUGUGCGGCCCUCGCCGCUCGAGGAUGACACCGGCGCGGACGAGACCGCCGACCCCACCACCUACACCGCAGAGUCGCUUCAAAAAAAUUACUUCCCCCGUCUGCUUCAGUGCGGGGCAUGCGACCAGGAGGGGUUUGACGCGACGCUGCGUCAAAUUUGCGCCUCCGCGGAGGCGAUGGAUCUUGGGGUGAGUGUAAUGUACGGCCUGAGUACCCUGGCGGCCUCUGCGGCCGCCCGCUGCUCCUCCCUGUCACUCUUCGCGUACUUGCGCCGCCACUUCGGCGCCUCGGAGGAGACUGAGAAGUUUGCCAUGCCCCAGCUGUGCGUCAAUUUUUUUGGUCCCGAAAACCCCUCGACGGCGCGGCUCGCGCUGAAGGAUGUUCUUCUCAUCCCAGCCAUGCCGGAGGGCUCCAUGCGGUCGGACGUUGUCCAAAAGAUUUUUGCCGUCUUUCACCACUUCUGCCGAGCACACAACACCAUGAUGCGCUCUGACGGUUCUCUCGAAUUCGACGACUUUGACAACUUGACGGACGUCGUGAGCCUGGCCGAGGAAGCCGUGCGUGCGGUGGGGCUCACGCCCGUGAAUGAUAUAUGCAUCGGACUACGUUUUGCCGCCGCCGUUGUUUCCUCCUCGUCGUCGGGGCCCGCCGCGUCGAACGCGGCCGCAUGGAAAGACAACAAGGCCGCGCCAGAUGUGAUGUACGCACUCUUCCCAGGCGACGUGGACGUGUCCGGGGCACAGGUCUCCGAGUACGUGCGGGAACAGUUGCAAGGCCGCACGGACUUUGUGGUUUACGUGGAGGACACGCACUGCGACAAGGAUGCCGCCGGCUUGCGUCGCCUGCAGGCGUCCCUGGGCGAAUCCCUGACCGUCUCUGGCCGUGACCUCUACGGGCGAAGCCAGUACAAGGCGCUGGAGGACGGGCUUCGUGGUCUGUGGACGUCAAACUUUGUUUUGGACCCGGGCGUUGUAGGGACUUUGUCCGACGUCGGUGAGGUUGUGCGCCGCGUGAAGGCGUGUGACGGGCGUCGCGUGAGUUUCGCGACGCAGGAGCUAGCGGGAAACGCGGCCAUGAUGGCACACCUAUCGGUUGCCAUGGAUGCCCGCUUCCUGUGCAUGGGCGGGCUCCUGAGCACCCCGCAGUGCGAGGUGCUGUCGCACCUCAUGUCUGUUCAGUCUGAGUUGCUGCACUCAACCGCCCUCCGCCGCGAGGCGCCGAGGCUCGCCUGCAUGGAGCUGCCAAAUCCCCCCAACGACGUGGUGCCGGAGAUUAAGCGCCGGAUGGACAAGAAGAAGCGAAAGAAGUGA